AUGCACAAACAAAAGCGUUUAGAAGUACAUGAAUUAUUGCAUCGCGCAGUUUUUCAGAUCUCUGUACAAUAUGAGUUAGAGAAGUUAGAGACCAAAUGGCCAUUACACUCUACUCCUUCUUGUCCUGUCGAAACAAGUUCAAAAAUUUCUAUAGACGAGAAUUUAAACAGGCAAAAAUCAUUAAAUCGAGUAGGAAAAAACAACGGGAAUCAUCGUAGGAUGAUACGCUAUCAAAUUCAACCUUCGGUUAUCAUAACUAAUUCUUGUGCAGAUGAUGAUUUUAUCGAAGUUCUAAAAACGCAAGAUGACUCAAUUCCCUUUGAAACUGAGCUUGUUAUUCGACCUAGCGCCGAAUUCUUAUAUGUUUCAGCAAAGCCGAAAUUAUUAUCGAUUCGUUUAGGCGUCCAAAACCAUGUGAAUUCAAUUCUUGAAUCGAUAAGAGAAAGAUCUCGCUUCAAAUCUUUGAAGAUGAAUCGCAUGCAAACAUGCAUCUGCAAGCGAAGGGCCAUACAGUACGAAAAAUAUAAUGAAUUCUUUCAUAGAGGCGAUCCUAAUCAUUUUAUCAGACAGCAGUCACGGGAUCAAAUCAAGAAAGAAUUAUGUGAAGAGAAUUGGAUUGCCUUGAGGUAUUUUUGGUAUAACGAAGACCUAUAUGUAGUUAUUACACUAUAUUCACCGCCUUUUAUGAAUGUGUAUAUGGUUACUUAA